AUGCCGAACGGCAAGGGCAUGUAUCCUUAUAUGACAGCAUGGCUUCUGAGAUUCAGUGGGCUUUCUAGUUCUAUCUUUGACUGGCAUACCGGCGUGAUGAACACGGCCUUGACUACACGCAGUUGCCGGCGUUGCAAUCAGAAGAAGAUACGAUGUGAUAAAGCCCGGCCUUGCGCGAGUGGCGUCAAGUCGGCCUCGGAGUGCCCACGACGCAAGAAACGGUCACUGAAGGCUCAACUGGUUUCACGCCUGAGGGCCCUGGAGAAGGAGGUGCAGGCUCUAACCGAAAAGCUGGAGACUGUGAAUUACAACCCAAGGCAUCACCCCCAGCCAGCAGAGAACAGCACCGCUGUGAAAGGCGAGCGCGGGAAAUUGUUUGUGGACAGAGGAUCCUCCCAGUAUAUCAACCACGAGGUGCUUGUUGACUUAGAAACACAGGUUGGGCGCCUUGCCGGGUCGUACCGGAUGAUCGAAGACAGUCAGCACUGCAAGCAUCGCCUUGGGAAAGCGAAGGAUGAGUCUGGGACGCAAGAGGUGGCAUCAGUCGGCAGGGAGCAUAAAAUGGUAUCCGGCAAUGGAUUCGUAUUCCAGUAUUCGUCGAUGGCAGUUUCCCUAUCCGACUUUUACCCCAGCAGCGUCCAGCACUCUAUCUUAUGGGACUUGUUCGAAGAGAAUGUUGCCCCGUUGAACAUAAUCUUCCAUAAGCCAUCGCUUGCUAAAAUCUUGAACAGUGCAGCUGCAACGACUAUUCCCGGCGACAGGGCCUCUGAGGCUAUGAGGUUUGCCGUAUACUUUGCUGCUAUCACCAGCAUGAACCCAGAGCGGUGCAAGCAUGUAUUUGACCAGGAACCGCGUGCCAACUUUCUUCAGUCGCACAACCUGACCGUGCUUCAGGCCACAAUCCUCUUUUUAACUUCUCUACGUGGGGAAGACGAUGCCGCCUUCGCCUGGGUUAUGACAGCGGCUGUACAUCGCAUAGCACAGGGGCUAGGGUUACAUCGUGAUGGUACAUACCUUGGAUUAAACCCGUUUGGAGCAGAAGUACGACGCCGGAUAUGGUGGGAAUUAUACUUAUUAGACUGCCAGUCUUCCGCGUUUCGUGCCGUUGGUACGCAAAUCAAAGAGGGAACAUACGAAACCAAGUUACCCCGGAAUAUUCAUGACUCGGAUAUACCGCUCGAAUCAAGGUCGUUCCACAACGAAAGAUCCAGCUUCACUGAUGUGACAUUCUGUUUGAUACGGUAUCUGCAUAGUAGCAGCGGCGGUCACGGCAAAGACAGUUCACUGGACAGGUGGGUAACAGCCACAUUGAUUGCUCAUCUCCCCGAAGGUAUGUCCGCGGCAGAGCAGACAUUGGUGCUGUCGAAUGUGGAAGCACUUAAACAGGAACGGAUCUUUGAGACGGCAAUUGAAAAAUACCCGCAAUGGCAUGCUGCCAUUUUUGUCCUGAGGCAGAUUGGCGUUGUGCCACAAACAAUGCUGACUGACCGAGCCUGGGCUGUAGCAUCCAAAGUCGUUGCACGAUGGAGAAACAAUGACUUCCAAAAGGAUGGGGUGACCUCAGCAUUGGUGUCGCAUCUUAUGGAGCAAGCUGCAGUCGCACAGGGAUGCAUCGGGGACGGAGGAGAGAUCAGAGACGAGCCACGAUCACCGCCUGAUAUUGUAUCAUAA